UAUGAGACUGAAUGUUGCUCCUUUCAUCGUAUCAAACCAUUAGGAUCUAAAGGAAUACUGACCCUGGUUUUGGAGAACAUUUCAAGCAGCAAUGCCCUGUGUUCAAACCCAGUAUGGAACCCUGCCUUACGAGAACAAUUACUUCAGCCCCGACUUCCUGAACCCAGAAUUCUCCACAAAGCUGGCCAUGGACCUCAGCAGUCAGACAGAGCAGCUCUCCACCCCCUCCCUGCCCAGCAUAAACACCCUGGUGGGUGAUUAUGCCGGGGAGUUUGAUGCCUUCUCCUGUCACAUCAAUACCUCCUCCGCUGCGGUCACAGCCACUGGCAUCUCCACCAGCAUCAACAGUCCUGUGGCUGGAGGUUCCAGCCCUCACAGCCAGCAGUCACCUUUCAAACUGGAUGAUCUGCAAGUGUAUGGGUGUUACCCCGGCACCUUCUCCUUCAGCUACCUAGAUGAAACUGUCUCGUCCUGCGGCUCCGACUACUACGGCAGCCCUCUGUCGGCGGCCGCUUCACCCCCAACCCCGGGCUUCCAGUCCCAGCCUGCGUCUGCCUGGGAUCCCCCUUUCAGCCCUUUCUCACCCAAUUCUGGUUGUUGGGUACCGGAUAAAAAUGGUCUGCCCCAACAGUCGUCUUUUUUUACCUUCAAUGCACCAGUAGAGCAGCAGUCACCCUUAGGGGGUCACGAACCCCAUCUCGGUGAAGAGGAUACCUUCCCUCAGCAGUCACAACAUCAACACAUGUCCCCCAUGCAUUUCCACCCUCUCGUGAUGGAGCAGGGUCCUCUUGAUACCCCCGUGCUUCUUGAAGGGUCCCAUUCAUCACCCAAAACACGGAGUCCAGGAGCUAACGAAGGUCGCUGUGCUGUGUGUGGGGACAAUGCAUCCUGCCAGCACUAUGGUGUACGCACCUGUGAGGGGUGCAAAGGAUUUUUCAAGCGAACUGUACAGAAAAAUGCUAAAUACGUGUGCUUAGCCAACAAGGAUUGCCCCGUGGACAAACGACGGCGGAACCGCUGCCAGUUUUGUCGUUUUCAGAAGUGUCUUGCAGUGGGCAUGGUUAAAGAAGUGGUUCGCACAGACAGUCUUAAAGGUCGAAGGGGUCGGCUGCCUUCGAAACCUAAGAGCAAUCCAGACACAACCAGCCCUGCUACGCCUGCAAAUAUCAUUGCCUCACUUGUUAGAGCUCAUAUUGAUUCCAGCCCCGCCAUGAACAAACUAGACUAUUCCAAGUACCAGGAAUCAGUGACGAGCCUGACAGAAAAGGAGGAUGCAAGUGACAUCCAGCAGUUUUAUGAUCUUCUCACUGGCACCAUGGACGUUAUACGUAAAUGGGCCGAGGCCAUUCCAGGGUUCAUGGCGUUCUGCCCAGAGGAUCGGGAACUUCUCCUGGAGUCCGCUUUCGUUGAACUCUUCAUUUUGCGAUUAGCAUACAGAUCAAACCCUGAGACAGACAAGUUGAUCUUCUGCAACGGUAUCGUCCUGCAUCGCUUGCAGUGCGUGCGAGGCUUCGGCGACUGGAUAGACUCCAUUAUGGAUUUCUCCCAGAGUCUUCAUCGCAUGAACUUAGAUGUGUCAACUUUCGCCUGUUUGGCAGCCCUUGUCAUCAUAGCAGACCGCCAUGGACUGAAAGAGCCCAAGCGUGUGGAGGAGUUCCAGAGCCGGCUGAUCACAUGCCUCCGAGAUCAUGUCGCAGGUGGCAGUCCGGACCCCAACCGACCUCAGCCUAACUUGUCCCGUCUUCUGGGGAAGCUGCCAGAACUGCGGACUCUGUGCACCCAAGGCCUACAGCGGAUCUUCUACCUGAAGCUGGAGGAUCUGGUGCCUCCACCCCCCAUUGUGGACAAAAUUUUCAUGGAUACCCUGCCUUUCUAAAAGGGGGACUGGAAGAGGUGGAGGAGAAGACAUGUCUUUGUUUGACGGUGCUGGAUUUUGAAAAACAAACUGCUCAACAAGGAUAGAAAGAGUAGAGAAACUAAAGGACACAGAGGAAGAAACUAGUGCAGUAAUAAUUAUAACAACACAACCAGGGAGACUAAAGUCAGAAAAAGAAGUUGGCUCCUUCCACGGCACUGAUUCUUUAAUAGGAGGCCAAACUGAUUUGUUCUCCAGGUUGUGAGGUCACUGUUACAAUGGUAUCAGCACAUUUUCCACUUAAUUUUCUUUUGGACACUAUUUCAUGGAAACGUCAUGGAAUUUUAUUGUUACACAGAUGGGUUUUUUUUUUUUUUUGAACAGUCAUACAAAAUUUGAGGGCAUUUAAUUUCUAUAUUUUUAUUAUUGUCUUGGUGUUUGUAAUUUUGGAGUGGCUUCGUUGCUAUGCAAAUUCUUCACGCUGUAAAGUUCUUCAGUAAGGGAGUUGUGAAUGUCUGUGAACACGUUAUGUUUAAAGUAGUAUUUAUGCAUAGGCCAUAAGCCAGAGAUUUUUCUAGAAAAAAUUGUCCCAUCUUUAGGAAGGCAUUGUAAACAAAAAAGAGACCAGAGCAAUCUACCGUACAGGUCUCUCUCUGCCACUUAAAGAUUGUUCCCAUGCAUAGAGACAGCUUUAUUCACUUUAGCAUGGACAUUUUUAAAAGGUCUUUAAAAGUCCAUAUAGUGGAUACAUAAGAGGUCACGGACCAAAGGAGGACUGUUAUAUUGCAGGUUAUUUGAUGAUAUACACCUUUAAAAGCCUUAUCUUCUUGCAUAUUAUACAACAGGUCAACUACACUGGCCAUCUACCACUGGCCAGUAAUCUCAUAAAAAGGGAAUAUAUUUUUUGGCUCUCCCUUUGACAUUAGCACAAUCGUGACUAAACUAAUAUGCCAACAAAUCUAGUAAAUGUCCCAUAUCACUUCAGCGUCCAUAGUGCCUUAGCCAGCUUGCGUCACGUUUUCACAAAC